AUGAAGCUCACCACCACCCUCCUCUCCCUACUCCCCGCCCUCACCCUCGCGGCCCCCUCCUCCAACCCCAAUCUCGCCGCCCGCCAGUUCCCAUCCGGCACCUCAACCCUCUCCUACGACCCGAAAUUCGACGUGGGCGCCACCUCACUCAACACCGUCGCCUGCUCAAACGGCGACUUCGGCCUCGUAACAGAAGGCUACACCACCUUUGGCUCUCUCCCCUCAUUCUUCCGCAUCGGCGGCGCGCCCACGAUCGCCGGGUGGGGCUCCAACAAGUGCGGAGCGUGCUACCAGAUUCAGUAUACGUCUGCGGCGGGGUCCACGAAUUCGAUGUUUGUUACGGCGGUUGAUGCGGCGCCGGGGGGGUUUAAUGUCGGUGUGCAGGCGAUGAAUCAGCUUACGGGGAACCGGGCGGAGGAGCUGGGCAGGGUGAAUGUUGUUUGGACGGAGGUUGCGAGGGAGAAUUGCGGGUUGAAGAAUCGGCCUUAG